AAUGAGUGUAAAACAGUGACAAAAUAUUGUGGCGGCCAAGGUCUCAAACUCAUGUUUAAAACUUAUUCUUUACAAAAAUGUUAUUCCUUUUAAUGUGUGAUUGUGCCUUCCAAGCAAAAGUGACCACUGUGAAAUAAGCUAUGAAACCUCAGCGUCAGUAGUUGUAGUUUUGUUGAUUUUUGAACCACACUCAAGGUUGAAUUAACCCCUGAGUUCCACCCUAAGCAAUUAUUUAAAGCUCUUGUUCAGUUGCGCUUCUCAGCCCUUGCACAAUGUCACUGCCCCGCAGCUUUCACAAAUGCAAAGUGAAAUAACUUGUUUCAACAAGAGAGACAACAAUUGUAAGAUUUUGUGCAAAUAUUGUCGAACUGUUUAAAACUGUAUAAAACAAUAUUAUUUUAAAACACUGUCAAUUUUAUUUGUUUAAGUGUGUUGUGCCUUACGCACAAAAGUGACCGCCGUGAACUCUGAUGAAACCCCUGAAUCAACAUUUUGUGGUGCCGUUCCUUUGAAUUUGAUAUCAGAUUAAAGGUUUGGUUCGCACAUUCAGUAUACAUGGAAAUGAACUGAUUCUGGUCGAAAAUAAUUUUAAACGAUUGCAAAGUUCUAAAUUUGUUCACGAAUAUUAAAUACUGUACAAUAUGAAAUUUGUUUUGACAAAACACAAUCGGUUGUCGUAUUUUGUGAAAUGUAUGCAAAAUGUACUUUAAUUAUAGUCCAUGUGUGCAAUAGAACAAAAGGUGGUUGAUCUUUAACGCAUUAAAAUGAGUUGUAGCAUUGGGGGGAAUGGUUAUUGAUACGCACUGCCCUUAUUUAGCAUGCUUUGAGUGUUUUGUGAUUAAUUACAAUACAGGCAAAGCACAAGGGGGCGACUAAUAAUGUGAGCUCUCAUUUUGAUUCCCUGUUCCGUUUAAAUAACCAAUAGGCUGGUGAAACUAGGAAUGUAUUGUGAUUUUUCUCACAACGUGCCAUAAAACUUUUCUUCUGCAAAAUGUAAUGCUUGCCAUUUCUCUCCGGUGCUCUAGGAGGCGCUAAAGAUUCAUCCAAACACAUGACUGCAGCCGUAGCAGCAAAUGAAUUAACGUCCUGUCUGGGCAAAAACAAUGGAAGAGACUCUUCGCGAGCACCGUCAAAAGAUAUUUACGUGCCAGUCGUGUGGUCUAAGCUGUCCUUACACUUCCUACGGACAGAAACCACCAAACACCAGAGCCAUUGUGUUGCUGGAGGAGUGCUAUGUGACGAAAGACCCCUUCAGUCCAGAGAAAGAGAAGUUCCUCGUUUUGGGUUCCAAGUGCAGCCUUUGUGGCGCUAUCAUUUGUGUUGGUUCGGACUGCAGCCUGUUCUACACCAAGAGGUUCUGCCUGCGCUGCGUCAACGAAAACCUGCAGCAAUUUCCCCACCAGAUCCGGACCGAGUUGACCAAGAAGCAGCCGCGAUAGACGUGCGCCUUUCCAACGCCAGUCCGCCGCUGGAGAGGGUCGACGCGCGGCAGCAGGACCGCGUCCGACCCCCGGUGUGCAGGAACCUCUUCGGCACACCUGACCCG